GGGGACACCACAUCAAAAAUUUAAAAUGAAAACCCUGAUCAUUUUUGUGGCUUUAUUUGUGCUGGUAGUGGCUCGACCCCAGCCAAGUGGCAGCAAUGAACAAGACUGUGAUCGGUGUCAAGAAAGCAACAAAAGUAACGAGAUCGGAAAUGGUAUCCACAGUCAAGGCCAAUAUUCUGGCCAUGGUUUCAGCCAGGGACCAAGCCAAUAUCCCAGCCAAUAUCCCAGCCAAUAUCCCAGCCAAUAUCCCAGCCAAUAUCCUAACCAAUAUCCUAACCAAUAUCCCAACCAAUAUCCUGGCCAACUACCCGUCUAUCCGCCUAUGUAUGCCAACAAUUAUGGACCAGUUUACUAUCCAAGUCAACCAGCCAGGCACGGAAUCGGGGCAGAUGGCGAGGUCGAUUGGAUGAAGAGAAUCGGUGCCGGCUUUAGUGGAGGACUUCAAACAUUAGGUAUGGGUCUUGCUUUCGAUACCAAAGGCGGAGUAACUAGUGAGGGAAAGGUGGGAGGUAAAGUUGGUGUUCACAAAUAUUAAAGUUUAAUAAAAACUAGAGUGUACAAUUAUGUGGACCCAAAAGAGCUCCAUGAAAGUUAUUUAAACAAAGAUUAAUAAAAUUUGACAUUUUUUACAUUUGCACAAAAA